CCAGCCCGUAAGACUGGUAAGAAAAAAAAAUAUUGAUCGCUACCUACUGAAGUGAAACGGUGCGUGGCGGUAGGGCAAAGAAAGCGGGAAAAUGGCGACGCCUUAUAGAAAUGCCAGCAACUAUUGUAACUAGUAACUAGUAAACGGAGGAGAUACUGUGUAAAGAAUCAAGAUGGCGCCAAUCAUCCCGAGUUCUCAACCAUGGGUCGAAAAAUACCGACCAAAGCAAGUGAAAGACGUAGCUCACCAAGAAGAAGUGAUUCGAGUACUCACCAACACUCUCGAAACCGGAAGUUGUCCUCACAUGCUCUUCUACGGUCCUCCCGGCACCGGGAAAACCACUACUGCCCUCGCUAUCGCCCAUCAACUUUUCGGGCCUGAGCUUUAUAAGUCUAGGGUUCUGGAACUAAAUGCUAGUGAUGAUCGUGGUAUAAAUGUUGUUCGGACUAAGAUUAAAGAUUUUGCUGCUGUGGCUGUGGGUACCAAUCAGCGCAAGAAUGGGUAUCCUUGUCCACCAUAUAAGAUAAUUGUCUUGGAUGAGGCGGAUUCAAUGACCGAAGAUGCUCAGAAUGCACUGAGGCGUACGAUGGAAACUUACUCUAAAGUUACACGGUUCUUUUUUAUAUGCAACUACAUUAGCAGGAUUAUAGAACCACUUGCUUCAAGGUGUGCAAAAUUCAGGUUCAAGCCUUUGACAGAAGAAAUCAUGAGCAGCCGAAUAUUAUACAUCUGCAAAGAAGAAGGACUCUACCUUGAUGCCGAGGGUCUUUCAGCCCUAAGUUCUAUUUCUCAAGGAGAUCUUCGUCGAGCUAUAACAUACUUGCAGUCCGCUGCUCGCUUAUUUGGAUCUUCCAUUUCUUCGAAGGACCUGAUUUCUGUGUCUGGGGUUGUUCCAGCAGAGGUUGUGGAAGCACUUCUUAAAGCAUGCAAAAGUGGUAAUUUUGAUUUAGCUAACAAGGAAGUCAAUAAUUUCAUUGCAGAGGGGUAUCCAGUCUCUCAGAUACUAACUCAGUUGUUUGAGGCUAUUGUUGAAGAAAAUGACAUAUCAGAUGAACAGAAGGCAAGAAUAUCCAAGAAGCUGGGUGAAGCAGAUAAGUGCCUAGUUGAUGGUGCUGAUGAAUACUUGCAGCUUCUUGCUGUAGUCAGCAAUACAAUACAAGCUUUAUGUAACCUGCCAGAAGGAUUUGCUUACGAGUGAUAACUGUUAGAUAGUCAGCAUGUUGGAGGCUGUUGUCAACUUGCUAUUUGUGUACAAUUCAAUUUCAAAGAAUUCAUCCAGGGUAGUUAAACUCGGGAACUGGUCUUGUACCGAGCAAAUAUUCUAAUACUAGCAUAGGACAAUAGUACAGAGGUAAGGAUGAGCAAGGCAAGGGAAUAUAUAACAAAAACCAUUUUACUGGUUUUGCACCCAAAUGUUUGAAGGAGUUAGUCUACGUAUGGUUUCACAACGACAAAAGUUGAUUUCAAAAAUGAAUUAAUUGUGAAGUUUAUUUUAUAAAUAUCCUCGUUCAUUUGUUCAUUUUUGAA